AUGACUUAUAGGAAACCAAAGGAGAGUCCAUUUCUAUGAUUAAUUUUUCCAAACUCCAGAUUUAAAAUUACUUGGGAUUUGAUAAUUAUUGUCUUAUCAGUGUACAAUGCUAUCUUGAUUCCUUACCAAUUUGCAUAUACUAUCCAUGCUGAUGUCAUCAUUGAGAUAUUCAACCGAUUUACUGAUGUAGCCUUUAUGGUAGACAUUUUGAUUCAUUUCAGGACCGCUUAUGUAAAUUCUAAAACUGGUAAAUUAGUUACUGAUGGGAAGAUAAUUGCUAUAAAAUAUAUCGUAUUUGGGAGGUUCCCAAUUGAUCUACUUGCUUCUCUCCCUCUAGAAUUAAGUACAUUGAUAAUCCCAACAUCUGAGCAAAACCUUCGAUUUAUCAGUAUGGUAAAGCUCGCAAGACUGUUAAGACUUGGAAGAAUGAUAAGCUUUCUGCGACAAAACCAAAAGCUUCAAUAUAGUAUGAAGAUUGGACAGUUAUUGUUCUUCAUUUUCCUGACAAUGCAUUGGCUUUCCUGACUGUGGGCAGUCAUCACUAGAAGUGAAGAGGAAUGGUUCCCUCCAAAAGAUCUUGAUUUUCGAAAUACGAAAGCAUAUACAGGGUCAAAUCAAGAUCGAUAUAUUAUAUAUGCUUAUUAUGCUAUCCUUACUAUUGCUGGAAACGAACUAUUGCCAACAAACUAUGUUGAAAUUUUAAUAGCCGAGUUUAUGUUCCUUCUUGGCACAGUUUUCAUCGGAGCUAUUAUCGGAGAAUUCACAAAUUUAAUUUCAGUCAUGACUAAAUAAAAAUACAAAGCUAAAUGAACAAGAGGAUGUCAUCAGCACCGUAAUGAUGAAUAUUAAAAUCCCUGAACAUUUACAAAGAAGAGUCUUAGAUUAUUAUGAUGAAACAAUUGAAUCGAAGCUCAUCUGGUCUAAUGAGUUCUUUAACUACCUUUCCUCAACGGAUGCUGAAACUAUCAAAAAUUACCAGAUAAAAAAUACUUUACAUAAACUGUCUUUUAUAAACAGAAAGAAUAAGAAAGAACUUGAGAAGUUUUGACGAAACCUUGAGCAUAGUUUCUAUCUUCCAGAUGACAUUAUCAUCAAGCAAGGAUACUUUAACAAUGAUUUCUACUUUCUCCAUCAAGGGCUUCUUGAAGUAGUCCAACACAGCUGCGAUUUCAUGUUCUUUGACUAUAAAGAAGUUCAAGCUACAUUUGAAACUAAAAAGAAAAGAGAGCAAAAAGAAGUCAAAUCAGAAGAGAUAUUUGAGGAGAAUUCCUUAUCAGAUAACAAUCCGAGCACUUCUCAACCUUUCAAAAGGCGGACAACUUAUGCAUUUAAUAUGAACAAGUCUACCAAUGAGCUAGAUGAGGUCAGUGAUCUUCCAGACGGAUCAAUUAUCUCAGAACUAUCAUUAGUAAAAAGAAAUUCAGAUAAAAUGUAUGAAGAUUCCUUCUCUCAUUACAACUCAAUGGCCAUGAACAGGUUUAAGAAAAGAAGCACUGUUCAAUUCAAAACGGCAAAAACACGGAAUGCUGCUACUCUUGAUAAUUUACUAAGAAGCCCGACUAUCAAAAGAGAAUGUAGUUUCUCAAGAAUAAGUGAAAUAAAAACCAUAAAGUCUAAGCAAAGGGCUGAACACAAAGUGAUCAAUGAACUCUCUUGAGGACAAUACUUCGGUGAGAUAUCAUUGCUAACAAGACUCCCUCCAACGGCAAGCAUUCAUGUGAUCUCAACCUCCAUUUGCUUCAAGCUCAGAAGGGAGAAGUUUAAUGAGUUCUUGGACAACUGUCCUGACUGAAAGAGAAAGAUAAAGAAAAAUAUUUUUAACUACAACGAUUUUUACUUCAAACAGAUGCAUAAAAUGGUGAAGCAUAUAGACCAGUUCUAUUACCUCCCUUAUGAUUCUAAGCGGAGGAUAAUAUUCCUCUGCAAGCACAUCAAGUUCAACCCAGGUGAGAGAAUAUAGUCAUUUUCAAGCAAAACGUUCCUAAAUUCUGGUUCAUCAUAGAAGGAUCUGUGGAUAUUUAUUGUGUUAAUCCAGAAAAUAAUUCUAGAAGGCACUUCCAGACCCUUCCAAAAGGAUCUUGAUUUAACCUUGUCAACUGCAUGCUUAAGCAACAUUCUUUGUUUGAAGUCUCAGCGGGACAAGGCCUCACUCUCGGAGAAAUAACUCGAGAAGGAAUGAUAGAGGAAUCAAAGAGCGACAUUUUUCUUAAAGAUACUAUUGAUACUAUCCUUCAUGAAUUUGCACCCCAAGGGAGGAAAUAUGACUACGAUUAUUUUGAUAUCAACGUUAAACAUGAAAAGAAAGCAAGAGAGAUUAGUUUGAUCAAACCGAAAAAGAAAUUCAACCACAGUUUUAAAAGAAUCGGGAGUAUCCCAAUGUCUCCUCAAAAGCUGAAGAGGAAAUAAGGGAUUUCUCUCACCUCAGAUUUCAAACAAGAAGCUUCAUCUCCUUGCUGCUAACAGUAAUUCUUUUAGGAAAAAGGAAAGAAUCUUGAUUCACCCUAUCACUAACUUAAAACAUAAAUAAAAAGCUCAAAUGGGCUCUUGCAAGGUUCAGAUAUAUAGACUAUUUAUUUGAAGAAAGGAGAAAGCAUGAGCUUUUUGCACUAAACCAAAAGCUUGAGUCUCGCAAAUAUCAUUAUUUUGAUAAAUAAGCAUUCUUGUGAAGAGGUGAGCAUCCCUAUUAGGAACCUAAAUUUAUCUAAAAUGAACCAGAAAACUCCAAUGGAGAGUGAAAGAAUAUCUGCAAUGUGUUCUGAAAGAAUAGACAGAUUCACAAGUGUAGUAAAUACAGCUCUUGAGUCCAAUAAAGCUAAAAUAUUUGAGCUACAAGAGAAAAUUCUUAUAAACACAGUUAAAAGUGUCUCCUCAGUCUCUGAGGAAGAAGUUAUCUGCCCAAUUGUUCAAGGAGAGUUGAUCAACUUUGAGCUGGCUAAUGAUAGAUACAAAAGGAAGAAUCUGAGGAAAAGUUUGAAUAAUUAUGAUCAAAAGUCAUCCCCUGAUCCCGACAGGAAGAAUAUCUACAACACAGAGCGUUCUGAAUGGCAUGAUGGGAUUGAAAUAAACAAUUUAUUCGAAAAUAAACUCUAUAAAAGUAUUGAGAAUAUUUAUGAUGAAGAGACAGAUGAGCAAAGAUCAGUCAUUGAAUUUGAUAAAGUCUAUCCAUAUAAGUUCGAUUAAUAUUAAGUUUUAAUAAUAAAAUUA